CGUUCGAAACGCACGUGCAAUACAGAAAAGCGGCUCGGUGUGCCUCAGAGUUAGUGUGCUGCCUUGUGAAAAGAGUCGGACGUCGUUUUUACGAGUCGUGUGAAAGCUUGAUAAAAAUUGUCAAAGAAAAAUGACAUUGGUCACACAAAUAGAGACCACCACGGAAAAUGGGAGUAUGAAAAUCCCUCUGCUCAAUGGCAAUGAGAAAGGAGCCAGUACUGAUCUAAAGGAAGUUGUAGAGGAAACCGGAAAUGUGAGCACGACUGCGAAGAAUGUCGUUGAAAAGGGCGAAGUCGAAGCUACGAAAGAGAAAGGGAAUGAAAAAGAGAAGGAGAAAGAAGAAGACAAGAAUAAGAAGAAUGACAAAAGCGAGAAAGAAGAUAGUGAUAAGGAUGCUGGAAGCGAGCAAGAAAUACUUCUCAUUCAGGAUAUGGGAUUCACUGUUAAGAUCAUCUGUCCAAAUGCUGAGCCCUUUGAUAUCCAAGUUUCCAGUAUGGAGUUGGUUCAGGAAAUCCAUCAAUUACUCAUGGAUCGCGAGGACACCUGCCAUCGCACAUGUUUUUCCCUUCAAUUCGAUGGUAACACACUGGAUAACUUUGCUGAGCUGAAGAAUAUUGAAGGCCUAAAAGAAGGUUCCAUUAUUAAAGUUGUGGAAGAACCGUAUACAAUGCGAGAAGCUCGUAUACAUGUCAGGCACGUGCGAGAUUUAUUAAAAUCUGUGGAUCCUGCGGAUGCUUACAAUGGCGUCGAAUGUAGUAGUUUAUCAUUUUUAAAUGUGGUUACUAAUGGCGACAUCCUUGAGAAGAAGAAGAGCAGAGCAGAUUCGGUUGAUUGUACUCCACCUGAUUAUAUUAUACCUGGCUGUAAAGACAGGCCAUUACUACCUCUACAACCUCAAGCCAAAGAACAAAAAUGCCCUCCUUGUUUAAAAGUAUUAACAACAUCUGGGUGGAAUCCACCACCCGGUCACAGAAAGCUUCACGGUGAUUUAUUAUAUCUACAUGUGGUAACGUUAGAAGACAAGCAAUAUUAUUUGACUGCAUGUGUCAGAGGUUUCUUCCUCAAUCAAUCGACAAAGGAAGUAUUUAAUCCGAAACCAGCGACUCCGAGUCAUUUGUGUCAUAGUUUAAUUGAACUACUGAACCAGCUCAGUCCGGCUUUUAAACGUGGUUUCACUGCUAUGCAAAGACGAAGAACGCAGAGACAUCCAUUUGAACGAGUAGCUGCACCUUAUCAACUUUAUGCCUGGUGUGCGCCUCAAAUUGAACAUACAAUCGAUGCAAUACGCGCUGAAGAUACUUUCUCUUCUAAGUUGGGGUACGAAGAACAUAUUCCCGGUCAAACUCGAGAUUGGAACGAGGAGUUGCAAACAACGAGAGAGUUACCUCGUAAGAACUUGCCUGAAAGACUACUUAGAGAACGUGCUGUCUUUAAAGUUCACAGUGAUUUUGUCACUGCUGCUACUCGAGGUGCAGUAGCCGUGAUAGACGGUAACGUAAUGGCAAUAAACCCUGGUGAGGAGGCAAAGAUGCAAAUGUUUAUUUGGAACAAUAUUUUCUUCUCUCUUGGAUUCGAUGUCAGGGAUCAUUACAAAGAACUUGGCGGCGAUGCAGCUGCUUUCGUCGCGCCUAAAAACGAUUUACAAGGUCUUAGAGUAUAUGCUGCUAUUGAUCUACCCGGCCCUUAUACGCUUGGUACCGUUGUAAUCGAUUACAGAGGAUAUCGUGUCACCGCUCAGUCAAUCAUCCCUGGAAUCUUGGAACGCGAGCAGGAGCAAUCUGUUGUUUAUGGUUCUAUAGAUUUUGGGAAAACGGUUAUCUCGCAUCCAAAGUAUCUUGAAUUGUUGAACAAAACUGGUCAACUAUUAAAAAUUCUUCCUCAUAAAGUUAUCAAUGAUGUUGGGGAGGAGGUUGAACUUUGCAGCAGUGUAGAAUGCAAAGGUAUAAUCGGAAAUGACUCUCGACAUUAUGUGUUGGAUUUAUUACGAACUUUUCCUCCUGAUGUCAAUUUUCUUAAAUUGGAAGGUGUUGAACUGAGUAAAGAAGCUAGAGCUUUAGGUUUUCCAAUUGAGCACAAGCAUAAAUUAGCCUGUCUUCGUCAGGAAUUGAUUGACUCCUUUGUUGAAGCUAGAUACGUGCAAUUUAUUAAACACGUCGCUUUUCAUCUACAACAACUUACAUCUGUAAGAAAAGUACAGAAGGAAAAUGAAACCACUAUUAAAGAAGAUAAAAAGGAAGAAUUGAAUGUCGUUGCAGUGGAUAGUAACAAAGAAGAUUCUUCUCAUACUCUAAUAGAAACGGAUGAAGCCAAAAAGAUCGUGGAAAGUAUAACUGACUCUAUCACUGGUGGAGAGAAGCAAGAGUUGGAAGAAAGUACAAAAGAAGUAGUUCGCAGUGCAGCAGCAGCAGUUGGUAGCCUACGGGAAGCCGAAUUUGAUGUCAGGUUUAACCCAGACGUAUUUUCUCCGGGUGUUAAACAUCCAGAUCCAGAUGGGCCUGCUUUAAAAAAACAAAGACAAUUGGUGCAAGAUGCGGCCGACUUUUUACUUACCGUACAAAUACCCACUUUUAUACGAGAAUGCUUAGAUCAUACAGCUGCUGCAAUGGAUGGCAGCAUAUUGGUAGAAGCUUUACAUGGUAAAGGCAUCAACGUACGAUACCUUGGUAAAUUAGCAGACAUGUUAUCUACUGUUCCACAACUGCAAUAUCUGAAACGUAUUGCUGUUUCGGAACUUAUUUUACGCUCGGCGAAACACAUUUUUACAUUUUAUAUGCAGGGUACAGAAUUAAUGAGUCUUUCUGCAGCUAUUAGUCAUUUCUUAAAUUGCUUAUUCUCUUCUGCACAAAUCAUUCAUCCACAACAAAAUCUAGAAGAGGUAUGGCAACAUUUAUUUCAAUUAAAUAAUAUCAAUAGUCGAAAUAAUUUUCUACAUAAAAGUUUAUAUAAUUUUCGGUUUCAGCUUCAAAGUAAAACUGCCAAACGACGCAAUAAAAGAAAAGGUAGAAAUAACGGUCCACAACAGUCUGAAGUGGAAUGGGCUUCCUUAACGCCUAAAUCUCUUUGGCAACAAAUUAAAGCAGAUUUGAAGAGUUAUUAUGAUUGGGAAGCACCAUGUCCGGAAUCGUUGGAUGCCACGAUAGAACAUUUUCACCUUCAGAAAAUUUCAUUGCUUCGUAAUUUCUGUAUAAAGACUGGUAUUCAAAUUUUGUUACGUGAAUAUAACUUCGAGAAUAAGAACAGAGCCACGUUCUUCGAAGAAGAUAUACUUAAUAUAUUCCCUGUUGUGAAGCAUAUCAAUCCUAGAGCUAGUGAUGCAUAUAAUUUCUAUACAACUGGACAAAGCAAAAUUCAACAAGGUUAUUUGAAAGAUGGAUAUGAACUGAUUAGCGAGGCACUCAAUUUAUUGAAUAAUGUAUAUGGUGCAAUGCAUCCCGAAAUUGCACAGUGUCUUAGAAUGCUUGCGCGAUUGAAUUACAUAAUGGGUGAGCAUGGAGAAGCUCUUGCCACUCAACAAAAGGCAGUCCUUAUGUCAGAAAGAGUCAACGGUAUAGAUCAUCCAUAUACUAUUAUUGAAUAUAUCCGUCUAGCCCUAUAUUCUUUUGCCAAUGGCCAAGUCUCUGUGUCACUUAGGUUAUUAUAUAGAGCACGUUAUUUAGCCUUACUAGUUUGUGGCGAAGACCACCCAGAAGUAGCACUUCUUGACAGCAAUAUUUCAUUGAUUCUUCAUGCUGUCGGAGAAUAUGAAUUGUCGCUCCGAUUUUUGGAGCAUGCUUUGGCUCUAAACCUUCGAUAUCACGGGCCACGAUCUUUGAAAGUUGCUGUUUCUUAUCAUCUUGUCGCAAGAACUCAAUCUUGUAUGGGUGAUUUUCGAGCGGCUUUAAAUAACGAGAAGGAAACCUACGCUAUUUAUAAGCAACAGUUAGGCGAGGAUCAUGAAAAAACCAAAGAGAGUAGCGACUGUUUGAGACAUUUAACGCAACAGGCCGUAGUUCUACAGAAAAAGAUGAACGAAAUUUAUACUGGGAAAUCCGGUGUAAGCCUACCACCGAUUCAGGUGCAACCGCCCAGUAUGGGAUCCGUACUUGAUAUGUUGAAUGUAAUCAAUGGUAUUCUAUUUGUUCAAAUCAGCCAACAGGAUAUUGAAAAUUUUAAAGCGGAAAUAGAGAAACGACAGAAAGAACAAACACCUGACAGGGAGAUAAAGGCGCUUCAAAAUGGAAACAAGAAAAACGAGAAGGAGAAUAAGAAAGAAGAAAAAGACAAUAAUAAGAAAGAGGAGAAAGAGAAUAAGAAGAACGAAAAAGAAAGCAAAAAAGAAGAUAAAGAGAAUAAAAAGGACGAGAAAGAGAAUAAGAAAAUAGAAAAGAAAGCGGAAGCACAGAAAGAAUUGAACAAGUUGGAGGAAAACAAAACAGUGUUAGAGCCAAUAGUAGCAGAGAGCUGAGCUCGCUUUAAACCGCUAAUGAUGAUACUUAGUAGUUUUUUCUGAAUCCUAGUCUUUCCCUGCCCGCGUCCGAUCUUUUUUUAAGAGUAACGCGAGUACGGCAUGUAUAACUGAUUGGGAUAAAAUGAAAAUGGGAAGUGUUUGCUCGAGAUAAGGAUCGUUAUUUGAUGUAUCGUAUAUACGUUUAUAAAGUGCUAUCGGAAUCGAACUUUUAUAGUGUGGCGAUCAACAGCAUAGGUGAAACAUUUCGAAAGAGUUAGAUUUCCUAAUGGCUCGCGAUGCUCAACUACAAUACGCCAGGCUACAGAAUUUAUUUGACUGACUUAUAACUGCAUAUAAUACAUACACGAAAAAAAUUGAUUCUUCACGUAUGUAAAUAAUUCUAAAUGAAAAAAUUUAUUGCCUUAGCACUUGCUUAUCCAAAUCUAUUCGUAAUUUGAUGUAUGAAUUUCACAAAUUAUUGGACAGAUAAAAAGAGAGUAUGAUUUGAUAAAAAUAUAAAUAAAUAUCUGUGUCGCCUAAUAUUGUCGCGUUUUUCAAAAGGCUCAAUUAAUUUUAUAUCAUAACGAUAAAAGUUAUGGAUAUUGCAUACGUUACUCUUCUAUCGAUUGACGAAAUAGUAAACUAAUAUUUGUUCCAGCGUAUUGCACAAUUGCUGCUGAAACUCGAAGGAAAUGCAUUGUACCAGUAAAAUUAAAAUGCUACGAUAAUUAUUUGUAAAACAAAUAAUGGACUUUAUUAUCGUAGAAUAUAAGUCAAUUGUUUUUUCCUACA